AUGUCGACGCUGGCCCCCCUGCGUCUGCUGCGCGAGCCCUCGAAUGCCAGCGAGGGCAACCAGAGCAAUGCCACGGUUGGGGCCAGCGGUGGCUGGUGCCAGGGGCUGGACAUUCCCAACGAGCUGUUCCUGGCGCUGGGGCUAGUGAGCCUGGUGGAGAACCUGCUGGUGGUGGCCGCCAUCCUGAAGAACAGGAACCUGCACUCGCCCACCUACUACUUCAUCUGCUGCCUGGCGGUGUCGGACAUGCUGGUGAGCAUCAGCAACCUGGCGGAGAUGCUCUUCAUGCUGCUGCUGGAGCACGGGGUGCUGGUGAUGCGCCCCAGCAUCGUGCGCCACAUGGACAGCGUCAUCGACAUGCUCAUCUGCAGCUCCGUCGUGUCUUCCCUCUCCUUCCUGGGGGUCAUCGCCGUUGACCGCUACAUCACCAUCUUCUAUGCCCUGCGCUACCACAGCAUCAUGACGCUGCAGCGGGCCGUGGUCACCAUGGCCAGCGUCUGGCUGGCCAGCACCGUCUCCAGCACCGUCUUGAUCACCUACUUCCGCAGCAACACCAUCCUCCUCUGCCUCAUCGGCUUCUUCCUCUUCAUGCUGGUCCUCAUGCUGGUGCUCUACAUCCACAUGUUCGCCCUGGCCCGCCACCACCUCCACAGCAUCUCCAGCCAGCAGAAGCCACCCACUGCCCACCGUGGUGGCAGCCUGAAGGGUGCCGUCACCCUCACCAUCCUCCUGGGCAUCUUCUUUAUCUGCUGGGGGCCCUUCUUCUUCCACCUCAUCCUCAUCGUCACCUGUCCCACCAACCCCUUCUGCACCUGCUUCUUCAGCUACUUCAACCUCUUCCUCAUCCUCAUCAUCUGUAACUCGGUGAUUGACCCCCUCAUCUACGCCUUCAGGAGCCAGGAGCUCCGGCGGACGCUGCGGGAGGUGGUGACGUGCUCCUCUCCCCGUCCUCCCCAGUUCUGGGAGGUGAUCAGCGACGAACACGGCAUCGACCCCAGCGGCAACUACGUGGGGGACUCGGACCUGCAGCUUGAACGCAUCAGUGUCUACUACAAUGAGGCCUCUUCUCACAAGUACGUGCCUCGCGCCAUCCUGGUGGACCUGGAGCCGGGGACGAUGGACAGCGUGCGCUCGGGUGCCUUCGGCCACCUCUUCCGCCCUGACAACUUCAUCUUUGGGCAGAGCGGUGCCGGCAACAACUGGGCAAAGGGGCACUACACGGAGGGGGCCGAGCUGGUGGACUCGGUGCUGGACGUGGUGCGGAAGGAGUGUGAGAACUGCGACUGCCUGCAGGGCUUCCAGCUGACCCACUCGCUGGGCGGGGGCACCGGCUCGGGCAUGGGCACGCUGCUGAUCAGCAAGGUGCGGGAGGAGUACCCCGACCGCAUCAUGAACACCUUCAGCGUGGUGCCGUCCCCCAAGGUGUCGGACACGGUGGUGGAGCCCUACAACGCCACGCUCUCCAUCCACCAGCUGGUGGAGAACACGGACGAGACGUACUGCAUCGACAACGAGGCGCUCUACGACAUCUGCUUCCGCACCCUCAAGCUGGCCACCCCCACCUACGGCGACCUCAACCACCUUGUCUCGGCCACCAUGAGCGGCGUCACCACCUCCCUGCGCUUCCCCGGGCAGCUCAACGCCGACCUCCGCAAGCUGGCCGUCAACAUGGUGCCCUUCCCGCGGCUGCACUUCUUCAUGCCCGGCUUCGCCCCGCUGACGGCGCGUGGCAGCCAGCACCAGCAGUACCGCGCCCUCACCGUGCCCGAGCUCACCCAGCAGAUGUUCGAUGCCAAGAACAUGAUGGCCGCCUGUGACCCCCGCCAUGGCCGCUACCUCACCGUGGCCACCGUCUUCCGUGGCCGCAUGUCCAUGAAGGAGGUGGAUGAACAGAUGUUGGCCAUCCAGAGCAAGAACAGCUCCUACUUUGUGGAGUGGAUCCCCAACAAUGUCAAGGUGGCCGUGUGUGACAUCCCGCCACGGGGGCUGAAGAUGUCCUCCACCUUCAUCGGGAACAGCACGGCCAUCCAGGAGCUCUUCAAGCGCAUCUCGGAGCAGUUCACAGCCAUGUUCCGCCGCAAAGCCUUCCUGCACUGGUACACGGGCGAGGGGAUGGACGAGAUGGAGUUCACCGAGGCCGAGAGCAACAUGAAUGACCUGGUGUCCGAGUACCAGCAGUACCAGGACGCCACGGCCGAGGAGGAGGGUGAGAUGUACGAGGACGACGAGGAGGAGUCGGAGGCGCAGGGCGCCAAGUGACGCCCGCCGCCCCCAACACUGCCCGCAGCCCCCCGGCUUCGCGCUGCUGCAGCCCCCAGGUGCUGCUCCCCCCGCC